AUGGAGCUUGAUCCUCGUAUAAAGGUUUUCAAGCUGGAGUUCCCGCUCAACACAUCAGCGACAGGGCUCAAACCACAGCGCACAUACCAUGGGCGCAUAGAGGUCUCGGUGCGAGAGCCGAUAGCAGUGCGCCAGCUGCGCCUGAUGUUUGAAGGCUGGGAGCGCAUAGAUUUUGGCGCCAAGCUGGGUGCCUCACGCAAGCAAAUCUUCCGGACAUCGGUAGACCUCCUGCGCACACCUGACGCCAUCGACUCGAUCUCUGGCACACACAUCUUCGACUUUACUUGCACCAUGCCCAACAUCAACUUCCCUGUGGCCAUGCGCGCGUCGAUCUGCGAAGUGUCGUAUACAAUGAGCGGGUCGCUUGUCGGGUAUGCCCCGCACACCCCGUACGAGGCGGUGACACAGUGCGCGAAUAACAUCAUGCCGCUGGCAUUCGAUUCGGUGUCAGUGCAACUGGCGCCCAAGGUACUGCCGUCAGGAGUCGGCUGGCUGAAGCCCCUGGUGAUGCGCGACGGUGUGAUGCUGGCGGAGCCCGUGAAGCGCAUUUUCAGGCGUGCAGCAGCACAGACAGCCAUGAAUAUUUGCGAGAAGGCAAUUCUAGUUGACAUCGAUGCGACGAUGCUGCAGAAGGACCGUGUGCUGACAUUCAUUCGCGCAGCCGUGAUCGAACAGGUGUCACUGAAGACGCAUGCGUCGGGCGCGCAGACCGUCGAGCCCAUCAAGGGGUUCCUGGCCACGGCCCGGUACGAACAGGGGUCGGCAGUGGUCUUGGCCGAACGCACACUCAACCGCAAGGACUGGGGCAGCUCUGACCAGCCAUUGCGGGGCCUCAAUGGUGUCCAGAAUCUGCGCAUCCGUGUGCCGCGCCGCGAUGUGUGCACGGCUGAAGGCUGCUAUCUGCAGUUCAGCCAUGUGCUGCGUAUUACCUUUGGCUUGACAUCUCGGCCGGUCAGCGGCGGAUUCGACACAAAGUACGCCAGCAAGGACGUGCCGCUACGUUUGGUUACCUCAAAGUUCGGCGAUGUCGGACAUGCGUCGCAGGUCGAAAUCAAUAACCGUCUGUCGGCACUCUCAACCGAAAGCGACGGCAGCGCAGUCAACGAGGCAUACGGGUACCUGCUCAGCGAGAACUCGCGAGCAACAAGACCCAAAUCCCUCGAACAUUACGCUGGCCAGAAGGACACCCCAGCACCAGUACUCACGCCUGUAUCGAUGUCGCCACCGAGCUGCCCAUACACGCCUGUGCAGCGACCCGUGUCCAGCCACCAGCCAGCCUCGCCGCUAUCACCACAGGCAGAGUCGUUCGGUGAUAGCAGGGACCCGCGACCACGCCAGUCGACCAUUGCUGAGGUUGUCACGGCCGCCUGGGCUGACGACAGUAUGCCGGCUCUGCCUGCGCAAUCAGUGCCUGCAUCACCUGUGGGCACGCCUACGCAUAAGGAGUCCCAGUCGUCGCCUUCAGACACGGUGUCGCCAAAGCUGGUGCGUCCUGUCAGCAUUGAAAAGUGCAUUUCAACGACGCCCAGUCUAGACGACGGGCUGCGGAUCCACGCUACAACCGACAGCAACGCAUCCACGGAGUGCAUGUCAACCAGGGACGCAAUCGUAUAUACCAGCGACUCGCUCACCAGCAAGCACCUGUCGGCCAGCUCCAGCAUGGACUUUGAAGGGUCAGAGUCGUCGGCAGCGACCAAGGGCCGGAACAGCCCUGCCGAGGAUCCGGCUCUGUCAGAAUUCCGCGACCCGUCAGUCACUGGCACAUUCCAGUCCGCGCUGUCAUCGCCCAGCAGCAGAGACUACGAGGAGUCACAGAUGUCGGUGGCUGAGAAGCGCGGGUCAGCACAGAGCGAGGGCGAGACCAUCGUGUGCACACCCGAGGGCCUUUGUGGCCACAAGUUUGACGAGAUCACCUCCAGGCGGUACAGCACAUCGCCAGAGCUCGCAAUCAAGAAGCUCGAGCUCCUGUCGCUGCCCGAGCUCGAGCCGCUGGAUUUCGGCCGUAGCCUGGAUUUAGCAUCCACACAUGGCGAUGCUAGCAACUUCAGCUUCUAA